CCCACAAGAAGAUUUUGGGGGAAAAGAUAGAAAAAAGGAAAGUUGGAAACAGGAAGUGGGUUAACGGCUUCCCUUGCGAAUGUUGCUUUUGCUCCCCGCUUCUCCCUCCUUAAAUCCCCCUUCCCUUUCUCUCGGCCAUAAUCUCUCAGAGAGAAAACACACGCGCACUGGAAAACAGCUUACUUACUAGGAACAACAAACAACAAAGAAAAUAUUUUCUUUGGUUCAGGGAAAGAAGAAGAAGAAGAAGAACCCAGGAAAGAAAAUGGGUGUUGAAUGGGGAGCUAGACUUCUGGUUCUAGCUUUGCUUUCUUCAAUGGCUUUUGCUGAUCCUCUGGUUCCAACGUUUAUCAUCUUCGGGGACUCGGUUUCUGAUGUGGGAAACAACAACAAUAUCACUACUCCAAUCAAGGCAAACUUCCUUCCUUAUGGAAGGGAUUUUGUCACUCACAGACCAACUGGGAGGUUCUGCAAUGGGAGGCUGGCUGUAGACUUUACUGCCGAGUAUUUGGGUUUUGACACAUACCCACCACCCUAUCUAAGCCAAGAAGGUAGAGGAGGAAAUGUUCAGAAUGGAGUCAAUUUUGCUUCAGCCGGGUCGGGACUGUUUGAUCUCACAGCAGUGACUUAUGGGGCCAUUCCAUUAACACGACAGCUGAACAACUACAGGGAAUACCGGAGAAGAGUGGAGAACACAGUGGGAAGCGAAAAAGCAAACGAGACGUUCUCUAAGGGGAUCCAUCUACUCAGUUCAGGAACUAGUGACUUCGUUCAGAACUACUACAUCAACCCAGUUCUAAGGGGACUCUAUAUCACACCCGAUCGGUUCUCCGACCGGCUCAUGAGAUCUUACUCUACUUUCAUUGAGGUGUAGUAUUAAGUAAAUUCGAGUUCAGCUAGAUCCGUUUGCUCUUACAGCUUGUACUAAUGAGAAAAUUUGGUAAAACUGAGACAGAACCUGUAUAGGCUUGGAGCCAGAAGGAUUGGAGUGACGAGCCUGCCACCGACUGGGUGUUUGCCUGCAGCCAUCACUCUCUUUGGUCUUGGGAGCAACAAUUGCGUCGAGAGAUUGAACCGUGAUGCCAGUUCCUUCAACCAGAAGCUGAACGCAACUUCUCAGGGUCUUGUUGCACGAUACCCUGACCUUAAACUUGUCGUCUUCGAUAUUUACAAGCCCCUCAUGGACAUGAUCAACAAGCCCAGCGACAGUGGGUUCUUUGAGGCGAGAAAGGCUUGCUGUGGGACGGGUACCCUAGAGACCUCGUUGCUAUGCAAUGCGAGAUCUCUAGGUACGUGUUCUAAUGCCACGUCGUAUGUGUUUUGGGAUGGAUUCCAUCCCUCUGAAGCUGCUAAUGAGGUCAUCGCACAAGAUCUGCUGGAAGCAGGAUUCUCCCUCAUAUCAUGAAUCACUCCAGAUGUCCUACCACAGCUGCAAAAUCUACACCCUGAAGAUGCAUGUACUUUAUAAGAAAAGGCCUUUGGUUUGUUGCUAAUAGUAAUCAGUGCUAGCUUCUAGCUUUUCUUUUAGUACAUUUAUGCAUUGCUUGAAUAAAAAGAUCAUGGUUGUCUAUGACAAGUUGGCAAUUCAUUCAAGCUAUUGAGCUUCAAAGGUUACCUGAAUAUGAUUGAGUUGAAGCCUGAAAAAUUCCUAGGAAAGCUCGAAUCCUGUGUUGGAACUGAUAGCAUAAAGAAGUUUUGCUCGCAAAGUACUGGCCC